CACUUGCAGACUGCAGUCUUGCACACAACAAUGGCUACAAUAGAAAUGGAAGGGCUAGAGAAGCUGGAACAAGUCCACCGGACGAUUGACAAGCUGCGCUCAGCUGGAAUUUCCGAUGCCAAUCCCAAUUGCGAACGCUUUCUUGUUGAUUUCACCUUCUUCCUCACGCAACCUUGUGGUGAGCUCGACAUCUCCUUGAAAUGCCAAUUGAUUUCCCAACACAUGUCAAAGAUAGCGAGUAUGUUCAGUGAGGGUGCACUGCAAUCCGAAGGAAAAGAUUGCAAACAGAAUGGAAAUGCUUUACAAAUUUGUGGUGACAAGAAAACAAACAUAAAUUCCGCUCGGAGUUUCUGUGAUGAUGUUGCAAUGGUCGGGAUUGAAGCAAUGAUGCGUUCGAAUUCAACGUCAUAUUUUAUGUUUCACAAAAUGGAAGUGAACGAGCCUCAAUCAGUAUUCAAAUAUCUGCCCAUGCUUUCAUUCACAGAGAGUUACAUAUAUCAGUUGGAUGGCUUAAACGAGGAACUAGUUCAGUUGACAGGGGAUGGAUUUCCAAUUUUCACUGAAAUACAGGAUGACAAUUCAAAGCUUGGUGCUAAAUCUGUAAGAAUGUUCCAGAAAGAUCCCUUUAGACCACUCCUUUAUGUAUUAGAACAGCGAGGGCUUCUGACUGAGAGGAUUAUAGAAGAGUUAAGGUAUGGGGAAGAAUAUUGGGCUCUGGAGAGAAAGCUAUGCUGGGCACUGGCGAGCAACAAGGAGAUAUGCAUUGAGGAUGUGAAGAAGGCCAUCCAUCUGAAAUCAUUUGAUUAUAGAGUGCUGAAUCUUCUAUUAUACCAACUAAGGGGAGAAAAGGUGAAUGAAUUGCAUAUGGAGUUCCUUUCGAUCUCAGAAUUGCUUGUGGAAAUAUCUGAUGAUCUGUUUGAUUAUGAGGCAAAAUUUAUAACCGAAGCAGAAAAAACGUAUGAUCAGUUAUGUAAAGCAUUGGAUUCAGACCUGUCUAGCAAAUACCGGCAAAGAUGUGAAGAAGCUACUAAAGAAGGUGGGAAGACAUGCGGUUCUUCUCUUGGGACGUGGCAAAUGCCACCCAUUAUUGAAGAUGAGAAUGGAUAUCGAAUGGCAUUUUCAUCUAAAACUCCCUAACUUUGAAAUCUUUAGUAGAUUUAUAAUUUAUAAUUUAUAAUGAUGAUGUUCUUGUUCCAUUUGCCUUGGAAAUUUUGUUUAAGACCACCCAUUUGUAAAAUUUUAGAAAUCUAUUGGGUAUUGGUUACAAGUUCGAGUCACCCAAGGAGUAAGUGGGGAAUCACUAUUGAUCCUCUUUAAAAAAAAAAAAAAAGGUGAUGGAAUUUCAAAUUGUUUUGGUAAUUUGGUUAUACUCACUAAAUUCAUUUGAAGAAAGAUAUUACCCCUCAAAAUUUUGCAUAACAAUUCAUUUCUUUGAUCCUUUUUGUUUCCUCCUUUUUCCUUCAGAAAG